AUGAAAAAGGGAAGGAAAGAGGAAGAUGUGAAACAAAUGGCAACUGAAAUGAAAAAGGUGAAAGGCGAAAGGAAAAAUUUGAAUAAAAAGGAAGAGGAUGAAAUGAAAAAGAAGGAAGUUGAAGGAAAGAAGGAAGAGGAUUUAAAACAGAGGGAAGAGAAUGAAGAAUAUAAGGAAGGGGAUGAAAGGGAAAUGAAGGAAAAGGGAAGGAAGCAAGGGGAAGAUGAACUGAACAAGAAGAAAAUACAGAAGGAAAAAAAGGUAACAAAAGUCGUCGACCUCCCUAAAGUUGAAGAAGUUAAAUCCGUUGAAUUUGAUAUUAAACUUGACAAAUCUUUAGAAUCAAAGCAAGAAAAGGAAGAUGAUUUUAUUGAAAUAAUAUCGUUAUCAAAACAAAAAAGAAAGGGGGAAGAAGAAGAAAAUAUUUCUGAAGAACUUCAAGUUAAAGAAGAACCUAUUAAUGUUUCAAUAAUAACGACUAACAUUACUUUUGAAAUGCCUAAAGAGCCAAUCCAUUCUCUUGUAAACAUCUACUCUUCUGGACGUUCUGAUGAAAUAAAGGAAGCUCCAAUUGAAGCUUCAGCAAGUAAAACUUUAAUCAAAAUUUCUGAAACAACUAAGCAACCAGAAUUGGAGUUAAAACCUUUAGAAAUUGAGAAGAAGCAUAUUGGUUAUUAUGAACAAUUAAUAGCCAAAAAGGUAUCUAAGACACUGGGAAGACCACUUGACCCUUUUAGUGAGCUUGUAAAAGAGGUGACAGAAUAUUCCAACAAACAACAAUUGUUUGUUUCUGAAACAACUAAACAAGAAGAAAUGAAGCCUAUGUCUUUGAAAGUUGAAAAGAGACAUGUUGGGUAUUACGAAGAUCGUCCACAGCUUUCAAUUGUUCAAGAAAAGAAGUUUAAAAGCCUCCUAUCUCAAACUUGCAAAUUAACAGAAUUAAAUAGAUUUCAAAUUGAUCAAUCUGUUAAUAUUUACUCUUCUGGACGUUCUGAAGAAAUUAAAGAAUAUCCCCAAAUUGAAGAAGUUUCUUCUCAUAAAACAACUAAGCAAGAAGAAAUGAAGCUUAUACCUUUGGAAAUUGAAAAGAAGAAUGUUGGGUAUUAUGAACAAUUAACAGCCAAAACUGCGCCUGUUACACUAAAAAGACCAAAUGAAGUUUCUGAUGAAGUUGUAAAAGAGGUGACAGAAUAUCCAGAAAUUGAACAACAAUUGUUUGUUUCCGAAACAUUUAAACAAUCAGAAAUUAAGCCAAUACCCUUGGAAGUUGAAAAGAAGAAUAUUGGCUAUUAUGAACAUUUAAAAAUAAAAGAGGAUACGAAGAUGGAAGAAAGGAAGCUUGAAGGUUUAGUAAAUACCACCAAUAUUUUACCUGCAGCUACAGAAGGACCAAUACAACAAUUUGUCGGUAUUUACUCUUCUGGACGUUCUGAUGAACAAAAAACAACAGAAUAUCCAGAAAUUGAAGAAGCUUCUUUAGUUUCUCAUGAAACAGGUAAACAACCAGAAAUGAAACCAAUACCUUUGGAGGUUGAAAGGAAGAAUGUUGGUUAUUACAAGCAUAUUACUCCUGAAACGAACCUUGAAGAAUCCUUAUUUAAAACAUGCAAAUCAACAGAAUUCGAUAAAUUCCAAAUUGAUCAAUUUGUUAAUAUUUACUCUUCUGGACGUUCUGAUGAAGUUUCUACCUCAACAAAAAUGCAAGAACAAAAAAUUGAAGUUCCUUCUAUUAGCCAAGUCUCAGAGACUAAACGACAAUUAUACAUUGACUCUGUCCCAAUGGAAGUUGAAAAGAAGAAUAUUCUUAGUUAUGAACAUUUAACAAUAAAGGAAGAUGAAAAGAAUAUUAAGCCAAAAAUAAAGGAAAUUGAAGAAGAAAAAUCAUUUGAACGUUCAGGCCUUUGUUUAGGUGACUUUAUUGGAGGAAAGGAAGAAAUGAGGAAGAAGAAAAAAGUAAAGAAAGAGAAAGGAAGAAGGGUGGACGAAGAAAAAGAAGAAGCAAAGGAAUUGGAAGAAUUACAACAGAAAAAGCCUGAGGAUGAAAUUGAACAACACCCAGUUCUAGAGAGUGAAGGAAGGAAAGAAACAGGGAAAGUUGGAGAGGAAGAAGAAGGUACUUUAUUAACUGAAAGGAAAGAUGAAGAAAGGAAGGAAAAAGAAGAGGAGGAACAAAAUAAAGUGAUUGAGAUGUCUGAAGUACUUCCUUCAUUUAUUGAGCCUUCCAAAGAGGAUAAAAAAGAAAAGAUGGCAGAAUAUCCCAAAACUGAACAAGCUCCUUCUCAUGAAACAACUAAACAAUCAGAAAUCAAAACAAUACCUUUGGAAGUUGAAAAGAAAAAUAUUGGGUAUUAUGAACAAUUAAAACCUCCAACUAUUGAAGAAAAGAAGCCUGAAGCUUUAGAGAUAAAGACAAAAGGCUUUGAAGAAACAUCAAACUUAGUAGAGGUAAUUGAAGAACCAUCACAAAUUAGCUACGAAACAACAAAACAAACAGAAUUGGAUUUUGAACCUUUGGAAAUCCAAAGAGGAAGUUUGGGUUUGCCUGAAACAGAAAUCGAAAAAGAAGCGGAAUCUGAAGUGCCUGAAGACUUGACUCAAGAAGGGAUCGAAAUGAUUCCCAUUAUCAAAGAAGCAUUAAUUGAAAACCUUCCAGUGACCAGUAAACAAUCUGAAUUGAAUAGAAUCGAAUUAAAAAUUGAAGAUAAACAUGAAGGCUUCUAUGAGCAAUUACCAGCUACUAUUUCGACAACUAAAUAUGAGGAAGGGAUGGAAACGUUUGAAGGUAACCUGAAGGAAAGCAAAAGUUUUGAGAAGUCUGAACCUCUUAAUGCCCCAAUAACAACGACUAACAUUGCUUCUGAAAUGCCUAAAGAGCCAAUUCAUUCACUUGUUAAUAUUUACUCAUCUGGACGUUCUGAUGAAGUAAAGGAAGCUCCAAUUGAAGAGUCAACAAGUGAAACUUCAAUUAACGUUUCUGAAAUAACUAAGCAAGAAGAAAUGAAGCCUAUACCUUUGGAAAUUGAAAAGAAGAAUGUUGGUUAUUAUGAACAAUUAAUGAAAGAGGAUACAAAGAUUGAAGAAAUGAAGCUUGAAAGUCUAGUAGAUACCACCAAUAUUUCACUUGAAGCAACUGAGGAACCAACACAACAAUUUGUCUGCCACAAAGUUGAGACUUCUUUAAUUUCUCAUGAGACAACUAAACAACCAGAAAUGAAGCUAAAACCUUUGAAAAUUGAAAAUAAACAUGUUGGUUAUUAUGAAAAGCUUCCUUUCCCAUCAUUUGUUCAAGAAAAGAAGCCUGAAGAAUCCUUAUUCGAAACUUGCAAAUCAACAGAAUUAAAUAAAUCUCAAAUUGAUCAAUUUGUCGAUAUUUACUCUUCUGGACGUUCUGAUGAAAUAAAAGAAGCUCCAAUUAAAUUUUCAAUAAGUGAAGCUUCCAUUAACAUUCGUAAAACAUCGAAACAGCCAGAAAUGAGUCCAAUACCUCUAGAAGUUAAAAAGAAGUAUAUUGGCUAUUACGAACAAUUAACAGCCAAAACUGCGACUGGGACACUAGAAAGACCAAAUGAUGAAGCUGUAGAAGAGAUGACAGAAUAUCCUGAAACUGAACAACAAUUGUUUAACAUUUAG